UCCAUCCGAUUGUUAUGCCAUUACAUUUUCGAAAUUUUAUAAAUUGAAAAAGUUACAAAUUAUGAGCGAGGAGAACAAUGAAAAUUCUUCUAAAAUCCAAAGUGACAAUGAAGAUGCGGAUGAUUUCGCUAUAAUUUCUAAAAGUGAUAACAACGAAGAAAUUGUUACCGCGACUACGAGUGCAGAAUGCGUGGUCGACUCCACGUUGAAUCCAGUGGAGACAGAAUUGGGAAUCAAUUCUUCAAGGGAAAUGAGCCAACAAAGUCAAACUUCAGUGGAGGACGAGCCGAAAAUCAAUCCUUCAGUGAAAAUCAGCCAACAAAGUCAGGCUCGAUCCAUGGUCGAUACUUCAUCGAAUGCAAUGAGUCAACAAAGUGAAGUCAUUUCAAUGUCCAGCAUUGGAAACAACCAGACGAAUUCUAAUUCGUCCGCGUCUGGAACGAACGACAGCAAAAUCAAUUCUUCCGAUCGUUCAGGAAGUUCGUACAUUUCGAGUGAAUCGGAACGAACUUCAUCGGAAGGUUUCAAUCGCCAUGAAAUUGAGGAAUCCGUUCUAGAUAUGAUCAGACAUAUCGAAGACGAAAUUGAAGCAGAAGAGCACGAUGGUUCAGAUCAAUUCCAAAACAUGGAAAUGAAAAUCAAAACAUCACGGGUAAUGGUUGCUAUUGAACAGAUGAUUCAGAAGUUGGAAAUAGCGUUCUGUCUGCCGUACAUUUUUGUGGAAAAUAUGCACGACAUGAACAAACUGUGCGGCGACUCGUUUGUGAGCAAAUUGAUGAAUGAAUAUUGUAAGGUACGUGACGAGGACAUCGACGUUUGCAGAUUCCAGCCGAUCGUUAUAAACUGCAUUAAUGAUGCUUUCGAAGCGGGAUUCAGUGAAUUUGUUGACCUUCAUCGGAGUAAGAUUCCGGAAACAGAAACCAAGCUGCUAUCGACAAUGAUUCAGUUUAAGUGUAUGGCCGAAUGGCAAAUGGAAAUGUCGGCUAUCAAGGCGAUGAAUAAGGAGAAAACUUUACACAAAAUGUGGACGAAAAACGAAAAGAUCAAAACAAAAAUUUCUGAAAUGCAGGAACAGUACGAAAAUUAUCGGAAUAAAAUGCAGGAAUUGGUGAACGAGAAGAGCAAAACAAUUGCAACGCAUAACGAGACCAUUGCUGAUCUGGAAAGACGUAACACACUUGAUAUCAAUGCAGAAAUAUUCAAAUCCAACAAAGAAAUGCGACGACUAUGUGUCAGCAGUGAAGAGAAACAGAGGAUUCUUACGGCCGAACUGGAACAAAUCAAGGAAACUUACGAGAAAUUGGUUCAGAAUAAUUUGUUGGUGGAGAAAAAGCUUCGCGACCAAAAAUCGAAAACCAGACAAAAACUGCAGACUGUACUGACGAAAUAUGACACUGGUGUAGGCGAACGUUUUGCUGAACUGAUGAGAAUACGAUGCGAUUUGGAGGACGAAACUGUGCUGUAUGAAAAUAAAGUGAAGGAAUUCCAGCGUCAAGAGAUUGAAUACAAUCAGAUUAUGUUCGAUAAAGCAGAAGUUGAAGCGAAAGUCAGAGAAGAAAAGUUGCUGUUGUUCAUGAUGAACCGGUCGGCCAGAAUUAUUCAAAGGGCUUACAAGAAAAUGAUGAAAAAGAGGAAGAAGGGAAAAAAGGGAAAGAAAGGAAAAAAAAGAGCCAAAAAGGCCAAAAAGUAAACUAACAAUCCGAAACCCAAUCAAGACACAUUUCCAUUAAGCGAAGAAGUGUUGAAAAAUCGCAAAUUUCAAUUUAUUGGGCCAAAAAAAUGUUUUUUUAGUUUUUAGUUUUAUUUUGUGUUAAAUUAAUAAUAAAAAGAGUGAAUUUUUGUUC